AUGAAGGUGGCAUCUUUGCUGGAUUGCAAUGUGCGCCGAUACCUGGAUGAUGGAGAGCAUUUCCACUGGCAGGACGUUUUGAUGCUGACAGAGAUGUCGAUCGCAGCCUUUGUCACUGAAGUCUAUUUGUCAGUGGUUCUUCCCAUGGCAGGUCUUGUCAGCCAGGCGCCCUGCCCAGUUGCGCCCUGGGCGACCCGUCUACUUCUGUUCUUCUUGGCUCCAAUGAUGUACUUUCUCAUGUACUUCUCUGUCUGCGGAGGGAUUUUCUACACCUACACUUACAGAUUUCCUGAAGAAGGCCGCAGGCUGAGUAUCCAAAACAAGGCAAUGACAAGCUUGGAGACGCGACGUGCUAUUGUUUUCAGCUGCAAGAGCAUACUUUCAGUUUCUGCUGUGUCCGCGUAUCCAUACUAUGCAAUCCAAGGGUGGACAAACCUUUACUGGGGCUUUCCACGCAUGUCUGAUGCCCCGUACCUAUUGUGUGCCUACAUCUUCGUGGACAUCUCAGCAUACUUGGUUCACCGCAUGCUGCACCGUCCAUGGUGGUACCGGCAUGUCCACAAGGCUCACCAUCUGUGGAAGAGCCCCAACGCUUUCGUGGUCUCCGCGCUUCAUCCAGUCGAAUUCUUAGCCCUGACGGUGUGCACAUUGUCUGUGCUGGCGGCGCUGCCCCUCAGCGUCUGCUCUGCCUGUUUCUUGCUCGCCUGGAUUUUUGUGUGCAAUGCCAUUGAUCACUCCGGUCUCGAGCUGCAUACGUCAGGCUGGCUCGCAUGGCUCUUCUGGCAAGCCCCUGUGACUUUUCAUGAUAACCACCAUGCUUUCUUCCAUGCCAACUACGGGGCCAUGGUUGACUGGUGGGACCGGAUCGGUGGCACCUACUACAAUCCUCAAGAGCAUGUCGGCCUCUCCUUAGGUGAGGCCGAGUUUCGGAGUGUCCGGACGCUUCGAACAAGCUGUGAAAAUCAUCGCGGCAAGAUGCAGUGA